AUGAGCCAGAAGAAGAAACAAAAAGUAAGAAAAAUUAUUGGAAUAACAGAUGAAGAGAUAAAAAAAGAAAUAGAUUGUUUUAUGGCUGGGAAAGAAAUAGGUAAAUUAGAAAAUGAGGAAGCAUUGAGCACUUUUCUCAAGUCUUUUCUCAAUGUUUUUUAUUUUGCUGAAAAUCAACCACCUGGAAGUAAAGUUGGUCGAGUAGACGGUCAUUUUCCAUUUAAACAAAAUGGUGCGAUUGAGUAUUUUAGUGUAAAUGAGUUAUCAGGGGAAAUAUUCUCCAAAAAAAAUUUCUCAAUGAAAUAUUAUGAGCAUCAAGUAAAUGAAUAUUGUUUUAACUUUACUGUAUCAUCUGCAAGUAACAAAGAAUUAAUAGAAGUUUUUAUUUGGGUUUUUAGUGUUCCAUUAUUUUCUGAAUUCUCAUAUAGUAUUUAUAUGAAAGAAAACAGUAAAAUCAAUUCACUGACAAUGCUUAAAUUUUUAAAUAACACAAAUUUAAAAGUUAGAUAUAAAUCUGAAAACUUUGUUGAUAGGUUUCAAAUUGUGACCAAUGACAAGAAUGAGUUAUUUUUAAAGCUGUUGUUGCCACUGGAUUAUGAAAAACAGAAAUACUAUUUAAUAAAAAUCUCAGCAUGUGUCUCAUCAUUUUGCACUUUUUUAUUUGUAAAUUUAAAUGUUUUGGAUGAAAAUGAUAAUCUGCCAGAAUUUGACAAAAAAAAAUAUGACUUUGAAAUAUACGAAAAUACCACUGUAUCUGAAAAAGUUGGAUAUGUUCAUGCAUCCGACUUAGAUUCUGGGUCUAAUUCUCAGAUUAAAUAUAGUUUACAUGAAACUGCUGAUUUUUAUAUAAAUGAAACAAGCGGCGAUAUAUUUUUAAAAAAUUCUGUUGAUGCAGAGUCACGGGUUUUAUAUCAAGUGAUGUGUAUAGCAAGUGAUCAAGGAAAUCCUCCAAAGAUGUCAUCUGUUAUAUUAAAGUUUUCUAUUUUGGAUUGCAACGAUAAUCCUCCAUUAAUAGAUGUUAUUUUUACACUACUAGGAAUUUAUCAAAUAGUAGAAGGUGAGAUUAUUGGAUGGAAAAUAGCUUCUAUCUUAGUAAGUGAUCCUGACUCUAUGAAUAAAAAUUCGGUUUCUGAUAUAUUCAUUAAUGAUACUAAUUAUUUUGAACUACAUAAAGUAGAAAAUAAAUUUUCCUUGCUUACUAAAAAAGUUAUUGAUAGAGAAACAACUCCGUAUCUAUUUCUUUUGCUUAUAGCCAAAGAUAGCUUAUCAGCUCUUCUAUUUACUCAAAUGAAAAUUCAAAUUAAUGUCAGUGAUAUUAAUGAUAAUUCUCCUAAAUUUUCUCAACAAAUAUACAAUAUUUCAGUAAAAGAAUCUAUAGGUAUUGAAGAACUUAUUGUUAGGGUUUUUGCACAAGAUCUUGACUUUGGUGAAAAUGGAAAAGUGUCAUAUAAAAUUGAUUCUUCCAGUUUUUUAGGAGCUGAAUUUGUUAAGCUUGAUCAACAAAAUGGUAAAAUAGUUUUUGUUCAGAACGUCGAUUAUGAACUUUUUUCAAUAAUAAAGUUUCAAAUUUGUGCCUUUGAUCACGGAAUUCCUCAGCAUAGAUCCUAUGCAUUUGUACAAAUAAAUUUAAUUGAUGUAAAUGAUAACCCUCCGUAUUUUUCUCCAUUAUUAAUGGUUUUUAACAUAACAGAAAAUCAAGAAGUUGGAUCAUUUAUAGGCCAGGUUCAUGCUGAUGAUAUAGAUACAGUUGACUCACAGAAGAUUACUUACUAUUUGAACAGUAGUGUUAUACAGAUUGAUAAUAAUACAGGUAUUAUAACAUCACUAAAAAUGUUUGAUCGUGAAGAGAAAAGUUGCUAUGAAUUUGAAGUUAGUACAUUUGAUAGUGGAGGACUAUGCGGAAAAGGAACACUUUUUAUUAACAUUAUUGAUUUAAAUGACUGCUCUCCUAAAUUUGAAAGAGGUGUUUUCAAUGUAUCAAUCACUGAAAACUUUCCUCUUUAUGAAGUAGCAUUUUAUAUUACUGCUUAUGAUUUAGAUGAAGGUAGCAAUGCAUUACCAUCUUACUCGGCUAUCUUUGAAGAUGAUACAUUUUCUAUUGGCUCAACUACUGGGGGUGUUAUUUUAAAUCAUAGCUUGAAAAAACAUCCAAAACGCUUAUUUAAUUUCCAAGUUAGUGUGAAAGAUGCAGGAGGUUUUCCUGGAAUAAGUACAGCAAGAGUUUUACUUAAUAUAUUCCCUCCAAGUAUUUUGCCUCCAGUGUUUACUGAAAAUAAUUACAUUUUUAAUGUGGUAGAAAAUAAUCAAAUUGGUAAAGUUAUUGGAGUCUUGCAAGCUGUUAGACCACUAUCUCAAAGUGCUGCUUUUAUUAUUUUUGAAAUAGCUGAUGGCAAUAAUAGCUUCAGUAUUAAUUCUAUAUCAGGUUCUUUGUGGGCAAAUACAGUUUUAGAUUUUGAAAAAAAAGAGCAUUUCAUACUAGUUAAAGCAAUUGAUUCUUUAAAUAUAAGCUUGAUAAAUCUUACAAAAGUUCAAAUUAAUGUUUUAGAUCAAAAUGAUAAUCAACCAUGGUUUGUAAACAAAACUGAAAAUGUUUCUAUUUUAGAAGGUGUUCCAAUUGGUUAUAUAUUUUUCAAGUGCCAAGCAUUUGAUAAUGAUUUGGGUUUAAAUGGGUUAGUUAAAUAUAGCAUAACAAAUACUAGUGGGCCAAUCAAUGUCUCAAGUGAAAGUUGCAAUGUAUUUACUACUGGGACAAUAGAUUAUGAAUUGGUUAAAGAAUAUAUUGUUUAUAUAGAAGCAGUAGAUCAAAGUUCACCAUUUCAUAAAGCUACACUAUAUACACUACAGCUGAAAAUCCAAGUUCUAGAUACAAAUGAUAAUUUACCAAUAUUUUCUAAUUACUCAUAUGUAGUUCAUCUUGCUGAGAAUUUACCUUUAAACUCUCGGAUUAUUACAGUUCAUGCAACAGAUCAGGAUUCUGGUUUAAACGGAGAAUUGAUUUAUGAAUUAGUUAUGUUUAUGUUUAUCAUAAUGCCUCGUAAAUAUAACAAGCAUAGUGUUGGUAAACGUGCAUACAAUACUUGUUCUAAUACCAUUCUUUUGAAAGAGUGUAUGGGUGCAAUUAAUGAAGGUAUGUCUAUUCGUCAAGCCUCAAAAAGGUUUAGUAUACCAAGAAGCACUAUACAUAAUAAGAUGAAGUCAAAGCAUAAAAAAUGCAUUGGUGCACCAACCAAAUUUACUUAUGAUGAGGAGCAGUUGUUUCAUCUAGAAUCAAAGUUAUGUGCGAUUGGGGAUUUCCAUUAA